AUUUGUUUAACUCCUUUGGCAUUGUUUAGGGUAGAAAGUAACCAACUUUUUACCUCUUAAAAUCAUGUAGAAAUCAUUUGAAUUAAUUUGACAGGUGUGCGAGUGCAACGUGUUGUCAUAGCAACGUGGUACUUCCUGUUUCCUUUUCUGCCAGUAUGUCCUACUAAGGACGUCUCGUUUAAUUCUAAAUUGAGAAUCCUCCGUAUACAGCAUCCUUUAGAGGAUGAUACCUCUGGAGGACACAAGGACGCAGCCUUACGAAACGAAACACAGCUAGUGUAACACGAUUUCGACGUCACAUCCACUGGCCACGUCAGAUGACGUUGCGUGUUGACGUCUCUGAAAUGAUGGGACAGUCCGGUUAUUGCGCUCACCGGGAGAUGGAGCGUGUGAAGAAAGCGUUCCUCUGUAACAGAAAGGAUUUUCUGACCAAUUUCUGCUCAUGGAUUUGGUGCAUUUUACUCCUCAACGCGGUUGCUGGUAGUGUCCGUCAGUGUAAAGAAGGGGACUAUUACUAUCAGUACACAGAAUGUGACGGCACAGGAUCCAGAUGGAGAGUGGCCAUUCCUCUAAACCCCAAACAGUGUGCAGGAUUGCCAGACCCUGUCCAGGGCACAGACUGCACGUUCUCAUGUGAGGCCGGGGAGUUUCUAGAAAUGUCUGCUCAGGAGUGCACACAGUGUGCUGCCGGCACUUACUCUCUGGGCAGUGGCCUACGCUUCGAUGAGUGGGACGACAUCCCCCCUGGAUUCAGCACAUUAGCCACAAACCCUGAUAACUCACCCAGUGGUCAAAAUGCAUCCACCUGCAGCAGUGCAAAGUGGCUUUCACAAGGUUCGUAUCUAGAGUCCCACAGGGAUGAGUGUAUCGUGUCUCUGAUCUACACUGUGCAUUUAAAGAAACCCGGAUCUGUGAAAUUCGACUACCAGUAUGUGGACAACAGCAUCUUCUUUGAGUUUUUUAUUCAGAAUGACCAGUGUCAAGAGAUGGACCCGGAUUCAAAUAAAAAAUGGAUCAAAUUGACCAGUCACGGAGAGUGGGGAACACAUACUUUCAGUUUGAAUUCUGGCAAUAAUAUCCUUUACUGGAGGACUACAAGAAUCACAGUCGGGGCUAAAGCAGUCAAACCUGUGCUUCUGAAAGACAUAAGGCUUGAAGGUGUUGCGUACACAUCCGAGUGUUUCCCGUGUAAGCCUGGCACUUUUAGUCGCACCCCUGGCUCCUCCUCCUGUGAGCCCUGUCCCCGGGACACCUACUCCGGCCGAGGGGCCAGCUCCUGUACUCCAUGCAAUACAAAAACACACUACGCCUCUGAAGGCUCUUCAAUGUGCAGAAGCAGACCUCCAUGCUCAGAAAAAGACUACAUCCAGACCUACAGCACCUGCGACGAGGAGAGCAAGACUCAGGUCAUAUAUAAAUGGAUAGAGCCUCAGAUUUGUUUGGAAGAUGCUCCGGGUGCAGUAACACUGCCACCUUCUGGUCAACUGGAGGCAUGUCCCCCUUGUAAUCCUGGUUUCUAUAACAACGACAAAGCCACCUGUUCUCCCUGCCCACCUGGGACCUAUUCUGAUGGGGUUAAAGCAUGCCAGCCUUGCCCGGCUGGCACAGAGCCUGUCCUCGGCUAUGAAUAUAAGUGGUGGAACGUGCUGCCUGCCAACAUGAAGACGUCCUGUUUCAACGUGGCCAACAGCAAAUGUGAAGGCUUGACUGGUUGGGAGGUAGCAGGUGAUCACAUUCAUUCUGGAACAGGACGUUUAGAUAACGAUUAUCUCAUCUUAACCCUCAAAGUGCCUGGAUUCAAAUCGCCCAUGUCAGCUCAAAGGACGUCUGGCAGCGAGUACGGCCGCAUCAGUUUUGAGUUUGAAAGCACCUGCUCGGCAGACUGUGAGCUUUUCUUCAUGAUGGAUGUGAACAGACGGAGCACAAAUGUGGUUGAAUCGUGGGAAGGGAGUGCAACGAAACAGAGCUACUUGCACAUCAUGACUGAAAACUCGAGCAUCGCCUUCACCUGGGCUUUUCAGCGGACGAGCCAAGCUAAUGAUGUACGUCAGUAUGCGAAUGACAUGGUGAAGAUUUACUCCAUAUCGGUCACUAACGCCAUAGACGGGGUGGCAUCGGCGUGCAGGGCAUGUGCCCUGAGGUCACGGCAGCACGGCUCUUCCUGUGUGCCGUGCCCAGCUGGGCAUUACAUCGAUAAAGAGACCAACCAGUGUCUAGAGUGCCCUCCAAACACCGUCCUGUCUGGGCAUCACAUCUAUGGCAAAGACGCUUGCCAACCAUGUGGGCCGGGCAGCAAAGGCAACAAGGAGCACAGCGUGUGUUUUAGCGACUGUUUGUUCACACACACUGAGCGGAAUCGGACUCUUCAGUUUGACUUCAGCGCUCUGGUUUCCGCGGGGUCCAUUAUGAACGGACCGAGCUUCACUGCCAAAGGCACAAAGUAUUAUCACCUCUUUAACGUCAGUCUGUGUGGAGCGGAGGGUCGCAAGUCAGCGGUUUGCAGAGAUAACGUUACAGACCUUCCCUAUGACGAUGCUGUAGGUGGUCAGUUGGGCAGUUCAGUGCAGGCCUUGAUCUGUCAAUCAACAAUUAUACCUUCUGACGGGCGGGGCUUAAGAACAGCCCUUUCUUCUCAGUCCAUUAGCCUUGCGGACACAUUUCAGGGAGCCACAGUGGAGAAAUCACUCAACGGAAUAACCGUCAGACCGGAACUUUUCCCAUCUCCGUCCAGGAAAAUCUCAGAUGUGCACUUCUUCUACCGUUCCAAACAGGUCACGACCUCGUGUCCGAGAGGCAGAAAUGCAGUGGUUUCACUGCGCUGUAAUCUGGAGAAAACAGCAAGGGGAGAGAUAUCCGUGCCGAGUGAAUGUCCAGCGGGGACGUGUGACGGCUGCACAUUCUACUUCCUGUGGGAGAGCUCCAGUGCAUGUCCACGCUGCACCGGUGCAGAUUAUCACUCCAUAGAAGGAGCCUGCAAGGCAGGAGUUCAGGUCACCGUAUACGUGUGGACUGAACCUCGCCUGUGUACUGCAGGACUGGCUUUACCCCCGAAGAAAACAGCUCCAUGUGAAUCAAUAGACUUUUGGCUGAAGGUUGGAGUUGGAAUUGGAGCUUUAUGUGCCGUUCUGCUGGUCUCCCUGACCUGCUACUUCUGGAAGAAGAACAAGAAGCUGGAGUAUAAAUAUUCGAAGCUGGUGAUGUCAGCCAAUAAGGAGUGCGAGUUACCGGCGGCAGACAGCUGUGCCAUCAUGGAAGGAGAGGGAGAGGAGAAUGAGGAAGAGGAGCUGGUUUAUGCGAACAGAUUAUCUCUUCUGGACAAACUGAAGGCCAUUGCUACCAAGGGCAACAAGAAGAGCGGAGAAGCUGUCCAACUCUCCCAUACAGAGAAGUCUGUGUGGGGAUAGAGGAAGAGGAAAACAGGACCAUAUCACAUACAGUGGCCUUUAAGACAUGCCCGUGAAGUUAUGGCGUGAAACCCGCCCUCAGGAACUGGAGAAACACUCCGUAUGUCACCAUGUAUUUUUCUGUACGUCACCAUGUGUGUUUCUCUUAACAGUUGGUUUAUCUUGUCGUUUCUUGUAUGUGUGCGUUUUUGUUGUAAAUGCAUGAACAUUCCCUCCCUCUCAAGCACCCGUGUUUCUCCUUAAGCUUUUUGGAGCGACGGCCACAGCUUUACAGGAUUCCUCCCUGUCAGAACAAAUAUAGCCGUGGGUCUCGGGAAACGCACAAAUACAACCAGACAUUAAGCUUUACUGACAGACGCUUGCAAUCCCGGCUAAACAGCGCAAGAAAGCCGCCCGUAAAGUGUGUUUAAGCGCAGCUGAAAUAAACAUGUUUUAUUUGUUUGGCUCAAGUAGCCCUUGUCAUUGCGGGACGGUGACAUUUCAAAUGGAGUACGACAUUUGAAAUGAACGAAACCUGUGAAUAAAGAGAUUACGGAGAGGCAGACGGCGUUCCACGGGAGCUAUUUUUGUGAUUUGUGACGCGCCUCUGUGUCAUUGUGAUUAGGGAACAAUAUAAAAACAAACACACGGAAGAUUAGAGGGAACAAAAUUCAUCCAGAACAGCAGCUGCACUAGAAAGUAAUGAAACAUUUGCUGGAUUUGUUACCUAAUUAAGAAACUUAAUGAAGUGAUUGGAUCGGGGGGAGACGGGGGGGUUUAUUCAUCAAAUUUUAAGAACUGUGACAUGCGGUCUUGUGAGAGAAGACGCCAUUAUUUCUCGUUUGAGGUCAAACCCAUCAUUCAUUUUUUUUAGAUGUUGCCAAAAUUAUGCACAUCAUUCAUUUUGUGAUUUCUCUUGUGUGCGUGUUUGUAACUGAAACGUGUUCAGAUGUGUGUCCCAAAACUUUUUUUUAUAAUAUGAUUUUGAUACAACGUAUAAUAAAGGAUUGUUUGCACUCUCAUAUGUUUGAGAACGUCUUGUUGAUCUCUCAUUUCUAAUCGUGUUGUGAACACCAUACUGAUGAUGUUUUAGUUUUUGGAUCGUUUCUCACAUUUCAUAUCCCCGGUCCUCGAGGGAUCAAUCAACGAGAAGUCGCUGUUACCAUGGAAACAGGAAUCGCGGAGAUCUUAGUAGUGUCUGCCCACUUCCAUAAAGCUUCGCGAAUAUCAUAAUCGAAUCAGUCACCCCGCACUCUCAAUCAAGUUUGUAGUCCUACAUUCUCAAUCUCAACUAAAGUUUUUGCACGCGAUUAAAUAUUGUUAAAUCAGUUUGUAGUUAUGAAUAAACUUAUGUUUAUGUAUCCUGGUGGCUGGUUUGAUAAUCAUCCGCUGUGCCUAAUGGAACAUGUACUGUAGUUAAUAUUUGCAUAACAAGUUCAGUGCAGUCAGUUUUUUAAGAAAGUUUGUAAACUCGUCUUUAUUUCUGUUCCUUGUGUUCUCAAACCUUUGUCAUUUUUUUCUAUGGAACCCAAAAAGUAUGACGGUUCAUAAUGACUGCGUCUGACAAGAUACAUCACGCAAGCACCGGUGAAGUAUUCACUAUAACUCGUGUUCUUUAUUGGGAGUCUCUUUCUCGUCGUAUGGCUUCAGAAGAUUUGGAAGAAAGCACAAAACCCUGGCCUACUUUUGUGGUGUUUUAUUUGCGGCUGGACACGCAUGGUCAUAUAAACUCUCUAUAGACCACUUUGGAAGGCGUAAACAACGCUGGUUCAACACUGGUCCAGUGUUUUAAAACUGCACAAACGUUUGAACAUAAUACAACCAACAAAACAAAUGUUAUGUGGCACAAAGUUAAAGGGGUCAUAUGACAGGGCUUAAACGAAUAUUACCAUUUUAGAUGUAAUGCAACGUGUAUAGACGAUUUAAGGUUCAAAAACGCUGUAUUUUCCAAAUACAGUGCAUGUUUGUAUCUCCUCUUUGCCCCACCUCUCUGAAACGCGCAGAUCUUUUACAAAGCUCAUAGCUCUGAAAAGCGAGGUGUGCUAUGAUUGGCCAGUUAACCAGUGAGUAGUGAUUGGUGGAAUACUGCAAGCGUGUGAGGGAAAUGUAACGCCUCUUACCAUAUUUGGAACAUCAGGUUCCUCUUCAAUUGUACUGACAGGUACGCCCACCUUACUUGAGUAUACAUUUGGGCGGUCUUAGUCAACUCAUACCACGAACUGAUGUAGAUUUGUGGGGGUGUGGUUACACGAGGCGUUUCAGGCAGGUCUGGGUGAGCAUUCGCUUUUAGAUAGAAUGCAUCUUUUGUUCCCACACUUACAUUUUUGCAAUUUUACGUGUCUAAUACAUGCAUGGGCAACUUAUAACACACCAAAGACACAGAAAAACACGUAUUCGCUCCAUAUGACCCCUUUAACUUCCGGUAGA